GUAAGUUUGUGCAAAAAGUGAAUAAAUUCAGUCAUGGAACAUCCAUAGAUUAAUACAUGAUUGAACAUGAAAAUAAUUAAAUUUUCAUUUUAGAAUAUGUUGGUACAGGACAAUUAGCUCAGAUAGUACAGGAGAAAAUGAAAAAACUGAGCACAACAUCUUCCGGACGAUUUAUUUGUACAAAGUAUUUCAAAAUUAAUACGAAAAAAAUCAGGAGGUGAUUGCACGUUCGAAAUUAUGAUGGGGCUUUCCUAUAAAAAUCUUCCUCAGCCCAUACCCUUCCGAGAUAUAACCCUCAAAAGGUGGACCAUGACCUCCAUUUGUUUUGUAUGCAAUCUACCAAUUCUAUCUCAUCAAGUUGGUUUAGUUUGGCAAGGAGGAAAUGGAUGGGAUGAUCUGGUACGAGAGCAGGUUGAAGAGUCCACCAUUCGACAGAGACUCGGUGGCAGACGGGAUUCAGCAACACAAAUAUGUAGCAUAUCACCUCCUACGGAAACUCAAGAGACUUCCCCACCCACGACAGGUCCUGCAAGGAGAAGACGUAGCUCCUUAGCACAACUAACCGAUAUUUUAAGGGAAUGGGGUGGAAGUACAAAGAAACAACAAAAACAAUUAUGUCGGAGAGAAACUUUAGCAGACUUAGCAAGAUCUUUGCCUUGGGGACGCCAAACCACUCAGGAAACGGGACCAAUUCCUAGCAUAUCUACCCAAAGAAAGCGUCGAGAAUCCAGCGCUGAUUCUGGUAUCAGGAGUAUGGGUUCUAAAUCACGACGAGAUUCGCAUUCCAAUGCCAUAUCCGAUUUCAAAUCCGAGGUAGCUAAACUUUGGCAAACCAAAGAAAGUAUUCCAAUAACUACAGUAGUUAGUCCAAGUAGUACUACGUAUCCCGCGUCAUCAUCGAGAAGAGAAAGCAGUGAAUCGAAUAGAAGUGGACGGCGAGAUUCUCGCCACGCGUCACGAAGAGGUUCGGGAGAGAGUGGGAAAAGUAGGAGAGAUUCGAAUCCCGCAGUAUCGCCUCCUCCUAAAAUAGUUGCUGCCAAAAAGAAAAGGAAAGACUCGCGAGUUGUAUCGGAAAGUCCUUAUUACAGGCAAGAGCAGAGACCUUCUACUUCUUCUACGGCAUCAGACUCUGCUCCCCAACAAUUUCUUGGAUUCCCAGCGGUUUCCAAUGUCAUAACUACAUCAGAUAUGGGUACUCAAGGAGGUUUACCAGCUCCUCCAACUAUAAUAACUUCCAGCGUUACACCUCCUGCCACUUCACCAACAGUUCCGGUAACAUCUAGUACUAGUCCGACUCAUGCGCUUUUGACGACUCGAAGAGAUUCCACCACACAGUGUGGUCGUUUAGGUCGACGUGACUCUCGAUCCCAUGCAAGCCCGGAACGUAAACAUUCACGUCUUCAACGACAAAAUACAGCUUACGAUGAAAGCUGUCUACCACCUGGUGGCUGGAAUCGUCGAGGUUCCCAGCCACAACAGCCUGCCUUAAGUCCAGAUGUUGAUGAAAACGGAAGAAAAGCAAGACGUGAUUCUUUAAGUCCGGACUCUGCUUCGAGAAGUGGCAGAAGAGACUCCAGAUCUCAUCUAAGUCCAGAUAGAUCUGGAGAUCGUGAUAUUAGUCCAGUACGUAGAGGUAGAAGAACUUUGCGAAGACAAUCAACAAGCGUAGCUGCGAGAACCCAUGGACCUCGAUCUCCGGAUUCUUCUAGUUGUUCCAGUAGAGAUCCGAGUCCGUGUAAUCGAGGUCCUCCUCCUACUACUGAAAAUUAUCGCCCAACAAUAAGAAGACAAUCAACUACUGAAGAAAUUUUAAUUGCUCGUGGAUUUCGAAGACAAUCAACAACCGAAGAAAUGAUUAGAUGUAGAAAUUUUAGAAGGCAGAGUUCGCAAAGUGACGACUGCCAGAGAUACCGUGGAAGAAGGGAUUCUUCUACGCAAAUUUUAGAUGGUACGAUUGCGUCGAUGACCGUUGAAACUUCGAGUACCUUUUUUGACUCUAGUACCCAAACUGAACCUUCACCGUUGUAUGACAAUAACCACUACCACGAAGAAUGUUUGCGAUGCAACAGUUGUGGUCUCAAUUUGACCGGACUCAAUCAGAAGCGUGCGCGACGCUUCAAGAAUCAGAUUUUGUGCGACUUACAUUUUGCUGACGUAGCUCUUAUGGAGUGUUCUGAUUUUAUGCAACAAUUGCGUUCCUUCAAACCUCAUUCUCUUGGAUGCGCUGUAGCUAGAAGAAAAUCGUCUACUACCCUUAUAUUUCCUCUUCCACCCCAGGCUUGUUCCGAUGAGUUCUGUGAAGAAUUUCCGCACAAUUUCAUACCUACACCUGGAUACUGGAUAGAAUGUUCAAGGCAAAAGAUUACAUCGGAUACCAUUUGGGAUGAAAGUGAAUCUGAACGCGACAACGAAAUCCAAGAAGGGGAAGAGGAUGACGUACUUCAAAUGGACCAUGAUAAUGGCGUCUCGGGGUUUAAAAGAAAAGAUCGAAGUUGUAAUGAUUUGUUUGAAGAUGAUGAGGAUGAUUCGUCUUCUCCUAAAAAGAAAACAACAAUAGAAGAACAAUGGGAGAAAAAUCAAGGCUUUGAACUAACUAGUGUAGAACAGGAAACAUACGAAAAAUAUUUUUAUGGCACUGAACAUUGGAAUUACUUUACCAAUGACGAAGAUCUCGGUCCUGUUAUUUUAUCUAUAAAACAAGAAACACUCAAUUCUAGGGAUCAAUUUAGAAUACUCGUUAGGGCUAUUAGUUACACUGUCCAUGGUUUAAUUCCUGCCAGUUGUGUUUUUGCCGAUCGGUAUAAUAGGGAAGAGGUAGUUAGAUCUUUGGGCAAGGAAGUUAAUAUAAAUCCACCCCUCACUCUCGGACAACUCCCAGAUACACCCGAAGAAUUGCUUAAAUUAGACCAGGUAUUUAUAAAAUCAGAACUCAAAGUCGGCGUAAUAUAUGUGAAAGAAAGUCAGUACACCGAAGAAGAGAUCUUGGACAAUAAUGACAAUUCCUUUCUGUUCGAGGAAUUCCUCCAAAUUCUUGGAGAAAAAGUUCGGCUGAGAGGAUUUGAUCGAUAUAAAGGUGGGCUGGAUACCGUGCACGAUUUAACUGGAUUGUAUUCGAUAUACACCAAUUGGCGAAACAUCGAAAUAAUGUUUCACGUUAGUACUUUAUUGCCGUAUGAAAAACACGACCCGCAAAAGCUGCAGAGAAAAAGGCAUAUUGGAAAUGAUAUAGUGUGCGUUGUAUUUUUGGAAGCAGACAACACUUCUUUUUCUCCGGCGUGUAUAAAGAGUCAUUUUCUACACACUUUUAUUUUGGUUCGGACAUCGCCUCGAAUUAAAAGAAAACCUACUCAUUACGAAGUAUCUGUAGUAACCAGAGAUGAAGUCGGUGCCUAUAAACCUUAUUUGUGGGAACAAAGUGUAUUUGAUAAGGGCCCCAUGUUUCGAGAGUGGUUAUUAACAAAAGUUGUAAAUGGAGAAAGAGCAAGUUAUUCUGCACCGAAAUUCGCGAGAAUGCAGGAGAGGACUAGAUCUCAAAUGUUAGAAGACAUUGUAGCUAAUUUACAGAAUCACGCUGAAACUGGACAAAUACCGAAACCUUACAGGAGGGGAUCAUGGAGACCAAUUGGACAUAUGCGUCCUUCAUCGCCGUUAUUGGACAGCGUACGAGACCAAUUUGAAGAUUACGAUCAAAUUGCAAAAGAUUUCACAAGAAUGUUUCUAAAUAAUGAGUCGAAUACCUUAACGAAUGCCCAAUUGUUCGAUGUUAGCUUCUUAGUUGGUCAAUCAAAACAGAAAAUCAAACUUGUUGGUGUCAGAGCGAUAUUGGGAGUUAGAAGUCGAGUUUUCCAGGAAAUGUUGUACGGAAUUCAGACUGGGUUUGGAUCUCCCCAAGUUCCUGUAGCAGAACUAUUAGCACGUCCUGUUCCAACACUCUUGAGUCCUCAACAAACCCGUCCUAAAAGUAGUAACUUUCUUCAAGUUCCCGAUAUAGAAUCCACUAGACCAAAGAGCGUUCCUAGUUCACCGAUGGUUAAAAGAGCUUUUACAAGACUAGGAACGAUCACAGCUGGUUGGGGGAGAUCUAUCAGGAAACACAAUGCACAACACCUUUCCGCUGACGAUAAGAAAAAAUGGACAAGUAGCCAAGACUGUUCAAAUAAAGAAAGUAAAGAUAAGGACGGUAAAGAUAAACCAUCAUUAUCUCAACUACCCGUUCCGAGGUUAAGCGUUUGUGCAGAUGCCCAAAAGGUUGAUAGGGCAAAAUUAGCUCAAACAGAAUUCUCCAUUAUUGAAUUCGAUGCUGAUACAUUCAGGAUUCUUCUGGAUUAUCUUCAUACGGGUUCUUGUCCCCUAACGUGUUCUACUAUACCCGGCCUUAUUUGCGCAGCUGAACAUUACGAUUUACCAGAACUUUUACAAGCAUGUUUCCAUCACGCCAAACAGUUUUUGAGAAUAGAAGUGGUUUGUUGUAUGUUGUGUUCAUUAGAAAAUUAUUAUUGGAGAUAUACUUCAGCUUCUGAAUUAGUUAAUAUGAUACUCGCCUUUGUAGAAACUAGGGCUUCCACCUUGUUUCACACAAAUGAGUUUCUAAAUUUAAGUGAAUCUAUGGUCCAGAUGAUAAUGUGCAGAAAUUUGGAGGUGGCUGAAGUACGGAAAUUCGAGGCGAUGCUUGCGUGGGCAAGACAUAAAAUUCGCACAAAAACUUCAAGCAAACUUGAUGCUAAAUUAGAAUUUAAAUGUGUAAUGGAGCGACUAGCGAGGGAUCUUAAAUUAUAUCGAAUAACACCUCAAGAACUCAUUAAGGUAGUUCUGCCUUCAAAAGCUAUCAAAAAUGAACGAAUAUUAGAAACAUUAAUGUUUCAAGCAAAUUCUGGUAUGUACAGAGUUCAGGAUUCAUAUUUAAAGGAAUGUACUCAAAGACUGCAAAAACAAGACUCCCGAUUUUCAGAAAUGGAAUCUUUCGAUUACAGCAACUAAAGACUAACGAGAUAUUUAGUGCAGAAGACAAUCAUUUCAUGAAAAUCAUAAUGUAUAUUAAGAAUAUCAUUACCUGAUAAAUAUUUUAUAUCUAAAUAAUGAACGGUAUGUUGUGUUAUAAACAGAGGUUCAUCAAAACAACUAUUACCUAUAUCAAUACCAUAUGAUCGUUCAAACAUUUGCUAGGUAAAUUUUCUAACGAAAAAUAAAUAUACCGAUAUAAAUUUUUUAAAUUGACUGUAAAAUAUCGCGUUAGUUUAUAUUUUUUCAACAUUCAUAAUUUUAAACUGAGUGAUUAGUACAGGGGUUAGAAUACAACUACUUAGAACUUCUAAACACUCAAUUUACAAUUUCUACGAAUUGUAUAAAUCGAACUCGUGUAAUUAGAUAGUGUCAAAUUACAUUUCCGAAUUUCAUCAAUUCUCUAAUCUCACGAUGUUGUAGCUAUCCAAUAGUAGAGAAAACCUAAGGAGGGUAGAUACUCUGGGAUCCUUGAUACAUUUUUAAAAUUUGCGCCCUAAAUUUGUUGGGGUAACAAAAUUGUAUCUGCUACGUGCAACAUUUUACAAAUUAUAUUUAUUUGAAUAAUUAACUCACGUUCUUCCACAUUAGAACCAAUAAAUGAGUAGAUUUUGUAUUUUAAUAAUUCUUUUCUAUUCAGUGAACUACCUUGUAAUAGACGACUUUUUGUGUAUUAGCAAACGCAAAAACAAAUAACGCAGAUGGUCUUCGGCCACAUGUAAUUCACCACGGUUUUGUUAGAUUCAGACCACUAAUUUCAAAGAUUUGCCUUGUGAUUUGUUAAUGGCCGUGGUGAAUGCAAGACGGAUGGGAAAUCAUCGGAAUCCUCGCAAUUAGAACUUCCUCACCUCCGAAUUUUCCUUUGAGUAUCGUUGCGUAAAUCACAUUGUUCAUCAAUUACAUACCACCAAACGCGUUCCGUUGCACACUUUUAGUUGGAUACUAAGGAGCCAACCUUGAAUUACGCUUAAGUAAGGCACAUGCAAAUAAAUAUCUUGAAUGUCGGAUUAAAUCCUCAUUCUUCGAAAACGUCUGCCCCUACAUAAUCCUGUCGUUUUCCCGGCAAAUUUCAAUGUGCCUCAAUAUUCGCAAAUAAUGUCUAUUAUACCAAUACGAACGCAUUAAUCAGUGCUGCAAAAUUUCUAUCUAAUUAUCUAUUUGUUGAUCUAUGGGAUUUGCUCGAUGAUUUCCCAUCGCCAACCGAACCGUUCCGCAGACUGCUGCGUUUUGCUCUUGUGAUUGAGGAGUUAUACUAACGUGGCGCUCUUCACGUGCAAUUUCUUGUUCUUUUCCAGUCCUUUCAUUGUUGAUGAUAAUAUCAGUACGAUGAGCUAAUACUAACUGGAAACAACCACAUCUACCGGUCAUUAGAACGUCAAAUUUUCAAUGAAACUUAACCAUAAACAACAUUACGUUUAGCUGUUGGUUGUUUUUUGUUAUACCAUUUUUAACAAAUGAACGACUAGACUGAUGUUUUAACUGAUAAAUUUUUCGUUUUUCUGUUUCGUUAUACAUUUCAUGUCUCACACCCACGGAAACGGGACAAACAUGUAGAACGAUCCGAUUGCAGAAAACAUUGCAAAUGCCACUUUUAGGCAAAUAAAUUUAACUAAUCCAACAAUUUUUGAUUGGAGGAUUUUGAGGACCAUUUUAUAAAACUCUUCUUAGUACCACCCACAAAUUUUAUGUUUCAUGAGUCGUAGGUCUGUUAAAUUUAAACUUGUUUUUUUUGCAAAAAAAUAUUCUCUUACCAUAUCUUAUCGAAGUGACUUUUUUUGAGUUAAUGAAGAGCAAUGUAAUUUGAAUCAUAUACAAUAAUAUCUAUGAAGCUUCAGCUCGAGAUUUUUGACGAAUAAUAUAAUGAAAAUUCAAGAGUGGUCGACCAAAAUGUGCAGUAAGAUGAGUUACAAAUCUUUUGUGUCUUGAUUAAACCGGGUGCACCACCUGUAGCUAACUGUAGCAAAAAACAACUGUUUGAAGCAUCUCGAUUUGUAAUUUAAUAAAUUGAAAAGUAUUGAAAACAUAUAGAGGAUGUAUUGUAUUAAAAUUAUGUAAUAAUAUUGAGGUGUGCAACGCGAAAACUUCUAAUCUACUCGUAUAUAGUCUGAACUAUUUUAUAAAACUUUUAUUCAACAUUUUUUUUUAACAAAAGUCAAAAUAUUACCGAGUUACUUCACACUAUAUGAGCAAUUUGGAUGUUUAUAUAUCCCGAAUGGAUUUGUUGGUAUAACAACAUCGUGAGAUAUAUUAUAUCAUUACCAAGUUCAUUGAAAAAUUUGUUUGUUAUAAAAACUGCGAAUUUUCUGGAAAUAAAAAUGCACAACUAAAAUUGGGAAAACUCUUUGUUUAAUUUUAUGUGGAAUUCUUUAAACCAAAUUUCGCUUUAACAUUUGAAUCUUGUUGGUGCGUAUUUAGUUCCAGGAGAUAUCUAAGACGAUUGAUACAAAAAAACAAUGUGAAACUGCGAUCGACGGACAUACUGUGAAAUUUCUAUAUCAUAUGCGCUAUCUAAGGACACUCAGAACACGCACCCAUAGCUCCUCGUUGUCGUGUUACUGACCUGUUUUAAUUUCUUAAAAAAAUCACGAGAGAUGCAAGAUAGAAACUACCUUGGUCAAUCAAAUGAAAACGACCCUUUACAAAAUUUAUGUUACAAAAACAGCUACAAUUUUGUACAUUACGUUUCAAUAUAAUUUCCCGCUUGUAUAAUUAAUUUUUCUUUGUGGGAAUUUUUUCAUUCCGCUCUCGUAGAAUAGAAAUGGGUGAUAGUUUGUCUGAUUCGCUUACCUCCGAGUUCUUCUUUGAGUGCUCCAAACACAUGACGAUAACUCUAGAGUGUAAGCUGGAUGAUCAAAUAUUUUCCAGUCAAUUUCCAUCAGUUUCUACUGAGCUUGAGGUACUGUUUGAUUCUUGGCGUUGUUGCGGAUUGAAUAAUCUCUUUAUCGUCAAUACCAAAACCCGAAUAGAUUCAAGAGACGUCACUAGUAAGUUGCGUUGAUGACUUAACGUCCUAUAUCAAUAGGGCCCCUCUCCAAUCCUAAAAAAUCGUAGUCAACACUUUCCACACAGACAUUUCGAGUUUUUUCCGCUUUUCUUUUCUCACUCAAUACUUUUUUAGAAAUGAGUAGGAAGCAAUCGAGGAAUGCGAACUCGCGCGGGUUUUUGUUCAUCACCCUUUGCAACUCCUUCUGAUCAUUGAUUGGACACUUCCAUAGCUAACAAGACUACAAAUGCCCUUUCAUACUCGCAAAUACUUUAAGCUCGUUUAUACUUGAUUUAUCCUCGAAUAUUACGAGAAACCUAUUUAAAUGUUAAAUUUUGGCCGGCAACCUACACAAAGUUUGACAGUACCAAACAGUUUAUUGUGAAUAAAUAUAUGACUACCAGGAGCAAAGUCAGAAUAUACAAGACCUGUGUGAGACCAGUAAUGACAUACGCGAUAGAGGCCAGAGCAGAGAACACAAUAACUUAAGGAGAUAUGUGAUAUCCUGGAUGUAGUGAGAUGGGCGAUAAAUCGGCGAAGGGAAUGGAGAGACCACGUGGACAGAAAAACCGAAUAUAUCCCGACCACCAGGACGACCACCUACAAGUUGGUAUAAAAGCUGGUCUUCAUCAUCCCAGCUGCAGCUAGGCAACCGUUGAUGUAAACACAUGACUAAGUCCUAACAUACGAUGAAGAAGAAGAAGAUAUGUUGUCUAAAAAAUUUAUCUGCCCUAAAUGACAGUCGCCAUAGUAUUUAUUGUUGACAAAGUUUGCAAACAUUCAGGUCCUCAAAUUCUGAAAAUCCUCUCCAAAAUUUGUCGAUUUUUCAAUAAUCAAAUUUUAUAUUUAUUUGGAAUAUUUUUGAGUAACGUAUUAGAAACAUUACGUGAGAUAUUCCCAAAAAAUAUCAAUGACUGCAUAUCGUUUCAAUUGAAGAAAUUUUCAUCAAUCUUGAAAAUUAGCACGAAUUUGAAACUGAGAAGAUUUAACACAUAAUCAACCCUUAAAUAAUUACAUUUAGUUUCAUACAUACAUACUAUGAAAAAUACAAUAGAAAAUUGUAAGAAAUUGUCAAAACAAAAAGUUAUGAAGUACUUGAAUGGGUGAAAAAAUGAAAAGCCAUUGAUUAUGAUAUAUAUUCAAUUAAAAUAUUUUGCUAAAAAAAACUAUUAUGUGUAUGUUUAGUAGUGGUAAUUCGAAUAUUUAUACAGUGCUCUUAUAAAGCUUCUCACUUCCUCUGAAAAUGACAAUUCCUUGAGCCUUUGUUCCCGUGCUUAUGAUCCUUGGCUAGGUUCUAUGUAUGUUUUUCUGUUCCUUCGUCCUGUGCAAAUAUGAUAUAUCAUCAAUUUGGCUUAUUUUUGUUAUUAUCGGUGUCCUUCAUUAUAACUUUUAUGCCCUCAUCUCAUAUGGACUUCCUAUGCAAACUUGUUAUUGUGACGUAAUUUUUGUUGUUACUAUGUAACAUUCUAGUUAUUUUGAUUAGAUUUUUUCUUCGCUAUGCUAAAAGAUCUCCUCUAUUAUUUCUAUCGUCUUUUUAUAGAUUAAUGAAGUCAGGUACAAUUUUCUCGUAUUGUUUUCGUUCAUGUUUGACUCAUUCUUAAGAUGGCCGGCCUCUUGUGUCUCUCUAUUAGGAGAAAAUCUCUUCCAAUUUUCUUCUCAAUCUUAUUCCCAUGAUUCUAGUAAAUUUUUUCGCUGCGUUGCUCGAUAAGGUAAUGGGUCUUAUGAAUAAAUGAUUACUAUGUACCAGCCUUUGUAUGUUAUCUCGGUUUUUAUCAUAUUAUUCAUUAUAUGUGUACUUUAUUGCCUUUUCCGUAACAUCUCAUUCGUCACCUUAUCAUGCCCUAGUACCUUACCCUUUUUAUUUUUACUUAUAGCAUUUCGUAUCUCUAUAAUUUCCAUAACGUUCCUUUAUGAUUACUAUACCUUUUUUCUCUUCUUUCUUUUCAGCAUUAUGUUUAUUUAUUGUUGUUUCGUCAUCAUGCCAAAGAAAAGCUUUUCAUAUUUCUGUAUGCUGUUAAAAGUUGACUUUUGUUCUUUCUAACUUGUAUUUUUCAUAGUUUUCUUCCUUAUUGUGAAAAAUCGUAAUGAUAUUUACCAUCAGCAGCAACUAAACCAUACACUAAAUCAAUGUUUGCUAAGAUAGCUUUUCCUUUAGAAUGGAACGAGGUCAAACUUAUUUCAAAAUGGUUUCUAUAAAUGAAAGAAUGGUACCUUCGUAAUUUUCAAAAUAUUCUCUUUUUCUCAAUAUCCUCAUUUGAUUUAUAGCCACGUAUUACCCGCAUCGCUGAAACGUGGCCUGGCAGUGUAGCUACGGUCAGCCAGUGUACCAACUUUUCGUGUUGUCUUUUUCUCUCGUCUUUAUAAAACCAUAUAUACAGUUAUUAUGGGUGGUUAAUGUAGUCAUACCGAAGUUAAUAUGACACACACCUUCAAGAUUAUUUCGACGAGGGGAAAGAAAGAUAUAUAUACACCGCAGAGCGGAUGUUGAUCUUCUGGAUAAUCGCAUCCGAAACCAGCUCCUUUCUUUAUCAUGAACUUUCGUGCGACCAUUAGCAAAAAUCGGACAUAGAUACUGAACGGACAUGCACUCUUCUCCGUACAUCUUAGUCAGUUGUCGAUGAAUCUCCACGGGCGUUAACUCAUGUAGAGAAACCGGAUAACUGCUAGAAUCUCGCACUAGAGAUCGAGGAAAACACUUUUUCUGUGAGGUAGCUACAAAACUUUCAAACUCCUCAUAUCAAGUAACAAUUUAGACUUAUUACUAACUAGACACUCUUUAGAUGAAUUGAGAUUUGAACAAAUCAUUGGUAUGUUGUCAUUUUACGUUAUGUAAAUGGUUAUAUUAAGGUAAUAUCACUUAUCGAAAAUGGUAAGUUACUUAAGAAAAAUUCAUGUUCUUACUUGGACAGUAUGUGUACAUUGUGAAACUUGUAUGCUAGCUAUUUCUGAAACUGUGAUUAAAUCUAAGACCUCGGCUAAUUUUUUAAAAUGCAAUAUUAGAGAAAAUCAAUGGCAUUUGAAAUAAAUUGAAAUUAAAUAUGACAAUAUAUAUAUUUUCCCAUUUUUAAUGUUAUAAAAAUGAAUACCAAACUGACAUUUUAACAGCGAUAUUCUAAAAUAUUAAAUAUUCUAUUUUUGUCAUUGUAGCUUGUAGUAUUAUAAUGAAUGUUACGCACCCAGAAAAUUCUUCAGUAAAAUCGGAGUUAUAUAUGGUUACAAAAUAUUUUCUUUAUUUUGUCGACAAUAAUAUAGCAUUAAUUGUUUAAUGUUUAAAAAAAAAUUAUGUUGAAUUAAUAUUGCAUUAUAUUAUAUAAAUUUUAUAGUAACUGUGAUUGUUAACACAAAUAUUUUGAUUGUUGUUCUUUGUGUGCCCAUUAAUUGUUUAACAUAACACUUGUAAAUUCUACAAUAAUUAUUUUAAAUAACCGGACAGAGAUUGUCGUAGGUGGACGAUAUUUGUUGUCAUAUGUAUAAUUAUAUUUGUUA